CUGCUGCUCCUCAUUGAAAAGCGUGUGCAAAUUUUAAUUUACAGGAUUAACACCUUUCUUUUUCAGUUUACGUUUAAAAACGUGAAGUAAGAUAAGCGAGCCGAUUUAGAGAAAUUGGAAGAUCUUAAAGAAAACUUUUAGGGAGGGGGUCAUGGGAGGGAUAAGGGAAAUUCUGACUUGGAAACUUCGGCCAAAUUCCUUAAAGGAAAUGGGCAGUGUGGCUUGCUGACCCUUCCCGGCCAGUUUUCCUAAUGGCAACUCAAGUUGGCAGGCAAAGGACAGACGCUGGCAAGAAAUGGGACAGGCCACCAGAAGGUCCGGAUGGCCUUAACCCCAGGGUUUAGGGCACACCGGGCUCCAGGUUACAGCCUCUCAUCCCGCUUCCGCCGCUACCUAGCUGGGAUCGGCUGUACUUUCUUUCAAUCUCAGUCGUCUCAUCCGUGACAUGGGCCGGUAAGAAACGGUGCACAGCUCCUCCCUCGGUUGGUCUCUAUCCCUAUAGGUGCAGAAGGUCCCUGGCGCAGCGUCAGGAAACGUAGCCUCUUCGGUGGUGCUCCUAAUUCUUUUGUGGGGACCGGGCCUGUGGAGGGGCCUGGAACGGUGACCCGGAGGGGAUUUUUCUUCCAUCCUCCUGGGAAACCUAAUGGGCCACAGUGCACGCGGCCCGCACCUCGCCCUGCUGGGCCGCGCCUCUCCCCUUGUGAGGUCACCCCGACUGAGGACGCGAGGGGACCCCGUCUCUGUCCGGCCCGGGCGCCGAGGGUGCAGAUUCGGACGGGAGCAACGCCGCGAUCGCUGUCGUCGGCCACGCGCCCUGGAGCCCCCGUCCGCCCCCGGGAACGCGCGGGCAGGUGCGGGCGCGCCCCCUGGUGGCGCCUCUCGGGGCCGCGGGCCCCAGUCCAGCCUGCGCGCCCAGCUCCUCGCGCUGGAAGCCCGCGCAUGCGCGCGCAGUUCGCCCCGCCGCUGUUUGGCCGUUUCCAUGGCUACGAAGAGCAUUGAAGGGGGGUCUGGGAAGGAGAAAAUGAAACUCAAGAGCCUCCUGCUCCGGUAUUACCCUCCAGGAAUUAUGUUGGAAUAUGAAACGAGUGGAAAACUGAAGACCAAAUGCAUCGAUUUGCUCAACCUCAGUCCCAGUACUGACGUCAAUGCCUUAGCAGAGGAGAUACAGAAGGCGGAGCCGGUAAUCACAGCUUCACGAUCAGACCAAGUAAAGCUUUUACUACGGAGAUUACAAGACAAACUCAGGCAGCACAGCAACCACCAAUUCUAUCUUUUUAAGGUUCUCAGAGCACAUAUACUGCCAUUGACUAAUGUUGCACUUAAUAAAUCGGGGUCUUGCUUUAUUACAGGAAGCUAUGAUCGGACGUGUAAACUUUGGGAUACUGCAUCUGGAGAGGAGCUUCAUACCCUGGAGGGCCACCGGAAUGUGGUUUAUGCCAUAGCAUUCAACAAUCCGUAUGGUGACAAAAUUGCCACUGGAUCCUUUGAUAAGACUUGUAAGCUAUGGAGUGUAGACACGGGAAAAUGUUACCAUACCUUUAGAGGUCAUACAGCAGAAAUAGUGUGUUUGUCAUUCAAUCCUCAAAGCACCCUGGUGGCCACUGGCAGCAUGGACACAACAGCCAAACUGUGGGACAUUCAGAACGGAGAGGAAGCGCUCACUUUGACGGGACAUUCGGCUGAAAUCAUCUCUUUGUCCUUUAACACCUCGGGAGACAGAAUCAUCACAGGGUCUUUUGAUCAUACAGUUGCAGUGUGGGAAGCUGAAACUGGAAGGAAGGUGUAUACCCUAGUUGGGCAUUGUGCUGAGAUUAGCAGUGCUUUAUUCAACUGGGAUUGCUCUCUGAUAUUAACCGGCUCUAUGGACAAAACCUGCAUGCUGUGGGACGCUGCAAAUGGAAAAUAUGUGGCAACAUUAACAGGCCAUGAUGAUGAAAUACUAGACAGCUGUUUUGAUUACACUGGAAAACUUAUUGCUACUGCUUCAGCCGAUGGAACGGCAAGGGUUUUCAGUGCAGCCACAAGGAAAUGCAUUGCCAGAUUGGAAGGCCACGAAGGUGAAAUUUCCAAGAUUUCUUUCAACCCCCAAGGGAAUCGUCUUCUAACGGGCAGCGCUGAUAAAACAGCGAGAAUCUGGGAUGCUCAGACUGGUCAGUGCCUCCAGGUUCUUGAGGGGCACACUGAUGAGAUCUUUUCAUGUGCUUUCAACUAUAAAGGCAACAUAAUCAUUACAGGUAGCAAGGAUAAUACCUGUAGGAUAUGGCGUUGACAGAAGAGAGCCGGCUGAUGAGCGGAUUUGCUAGCGAUGGAGGUGAAGGUAGAGCUUCGCAGUUGUCAAGGAAGCUACUUUCACGUUUCACAUCUUCUCUUUUUCCGCAAGUCAACUAUAUGCUGUCGUUAGCUUCACAGAUAUGGCCGUUAAAACUAAUAAACUGAUAUCACGUCUUCAUAGUA